AUGAGGGUCAGUUCGUUGUUGAAUGAUCAGGGGGCGCCCACGCCCCAGUACUCACAACAUUAUUCAGUGGAUCUACCACAAAUCACGCAACAAUCCAGCCGCCUGGAAAAUGAAGCCCAACCGACCUCCAUGUUGCAGCGACAUUGUCACCCCUCCAAAAGACCAUAUGUGCAAAUGCUAGAAUUGUCACCUACCGUUACCGAACCAACAAGCGUCGACCACGACACUGAAUGCGCACCCGUCCUGCCCGCGCAUCGUAAGAGAUACUCUAAAGAAGAAUGCUAUUACACCUGGCACCAGCGCGUUGUUCUCCAGAAAAGCUGGGCCACUGUCCUCAAGAACUUCAACAGCCGAUUCCCGAACCGUCAACGUCUUACUGCCAAGCCUUAUGCCUAUGCCGGGAUUCAGAAAAAAAUCAAUCGUUUCACCAAAUGGAAGAACCUGCCGAACUACCGAGACCGAUUCAAGGACGCUAAUGCUUUCUUGACCGAUAAGGAUUUCAUCAAAUCUUGUACGAAUGUUUGGUACCCUUGGAUGGAAUGA